GCGAUGAUUGGUGAGGGAUUGUGCAUCGAAAAUCGCCAAGCUGGAGCUGUUUGAUAGCAGCCAGCCGGGGACCGACAGGCAGACGAUGCAGCAGAAUGGAGCCCCCGGUUUCCUGCGGUGUUUGUGUGCGGGAUUAGCCGCUACUUAGCCGUGUGUGCGUGCGUGUGUUGUGUGUGCAGACGCAGGGCGCACCGAGCCGCCAGCCAGCCAGCCGCGUCAGGUGGAUGCGCCUGCAGUGAUCCAGGUCGCCCCUAUGGAUCGCGUCCAUGGAUGUCUUCAAACCCGCUUUGGACAAUAGUUUGAGUCCCAAGGCGUGCGUGUCCUCCUCGGAAGAAGCAGAGGCAGAUGUGUUCCGCUGGCCCACACCGGAGAAUGGCAUCAGCGCCGCGCCGGAUGCGGGACCCGCCGCAGCGGGCUUCUGGACGGCCGUGUUCGACUAUGAAGCGACUGCGGAGGACGAGCUCAGCCUGCGCAGGGGGGACCUGGUGGAGGUCCUGUCCAAAGACUCGCUUGUGUCGGGAGAUGAGGGCUGGUGGACCGGCAUGAUAGCAGACCGGGUUGGCAUUUUCCCGUCCAAUUAUGUGAGCAGAGGGAAUGGCAUUCCGGAGGAAAUACGGGGCACCCCGGAGCAGCAGUACUCCGUGCCUCCUCUGCACCUCCUGGAGAUUGAUUUCUCAGAGCUCACCCUGGAGGAAAUCAUCGGCGUGGGCGGAUUCGGGAAAGUGUACCGAGCGGUGUGGCGCGGCUCAGAGGUGGCGGUGAAGGCAGCCCGACGGGACCCCGACGAGGACGCGGAGCAGACUCUGGAGAGCGUGCGCCAGGAGGCCAAACUCUUCGCCAUGCUCAACCAUCCCAACAUCAUGGCGCUGCUGGGGGUGUGUCUGCAGGAGCCCAACCUGUGUCUGGUCAUGGAGUUCGCCCGGGGAGGCCCUCUGAACCGGGCCCUCGCAGGGAAACGUAUCCCCCCGUGCACGCUGGUGGACUGGGCCGUGCAGAUCGCCCGAGGGAUGUUCUACCUCCACAACCAGGCCAUCGUCCCCAUUAUCCACCGGGACCUCAAGUCCAGCAACAUCCUCAUCCUUGAGAGGGUUGAGAUGGAAGACCUCAGCAACAAGACUCUGAAGAUCACAGACUUUGGGCUGGCGCGCGAGUGGCACCGCACCACCAAGAUGAGCGCCGCUGGCACCUACGCCUGGAUGGCUCCCGAAGUCAUCCGCUCAUCUACGUUCUCCAAGGGUAGCGACAUUUGGAGUUAUGGCGUGCUAUUGUGGGAGCUGCUGACUGGAGAAGUUCCAUUUCGGGGAAUCGACGGUCUCGCAGUGGCUUACGGGGUGGCGAUGAACAAACUGGCUUUGCCCAUUCCUUCGACCUGUCCGGAGCCCUUUGCACGUCUUAUGGAGGAGUGCUGGAGUCCAGACCCUCACUCGCGACCGCUGUUCACAACUAUUCUGGACCAGCUGACGGCCAUCGAGGAGUCUGGCUUUUUUGAGAUGCCAGUCGAGUCCUUUCACUCUCUGCAGGACGACUGGAAACUGGAGAUCCAAGAAAUGUUUGAUCAACUGAGGACCAAAGAGAAGGAGCUGCGAUCGUGGGAGGAGGAGCUGACCCAAGCAGCGCUGCAGCAGAAGUGCCAGGAGGAGGCACUGAGGAGGCGCGAGCAGGAGCUGGCCGAGCGGGAGAUCCACAUCCUGGAGCGAGAGCUCAACAUCAUCAUUCACCAGCUCUACCAGGAAAAGCCUCACGUGGAGAGCCGGCAGGGCAAGUUCCGCCGCAACCGCCUUAAACUCAAGGAUGGGAACAGAAUCAGCCUGCCUUCAGAUUUUCAGCACAAAAUCACUGUGCAGGCGUCUCCCUCACAUGACCGGCGGAGGAGUUUGCUUAGCAGCGGUUCCAGUCCUCAGACCAGUCCGCCGAUCCUGCCCCGCCUGAGAGCCAUCCAACUCACCCCAGGUGAGGGAUGCACAGCCUGGGGUCGCACCACAGGUUUCCUCCAGGAUGACGAGGAGAGUGAGAGGAAGGGGUCCAGGAAAAAAGGUAGAUCCCGGGGAUGUGGCCCUCAGAGGGAGCACAGUGCUGAUGCCAGUGUGAAGCCUCCCCAUGAAGGCAGCAGGCAGCGGUCCUGCAGUGCCCCAAACCUUCGAAGGUCCCCGAGACACAGUCCAGCAGUGCCUGGAGUGCCAAGCCUUGUGGAGAUGGAAAAUGAAGACUGCUGCUUCACUACUGAGCCAGGUGCAGCUCCUGGUCAGUCCUACCUCUGCAUCCCCUUUCAUAAGGAGGGUAACUCAGCUGCUGGUGCUGACGAUGACGGAGAUGAGUAUUGCCCCAGCGGCCAGGUUCCAGGAACACCGCCAUGCAGGAAGAGCCCCGGUGGAGGCCGACGGUCCGAGCUGGUCCUGCUGGGUUGCGGAGCUCUGCUGGCAGCCGUCGGACUGGGAUGCAACCUGCUAACUUUAUCCCAGCCGGAGGAGAACAUUAAAUCACGAUGGGAGGGCUUCUUCCACAGGAUGGGGGGCCAGAGGAGGAGCACCAGCCCCCCGACUCGCAGACUGUUCCGGCGGGAAAGCCCGCUGAAACCCUCGGCGCCCUCGCUGCCUGAGCGAGGCCUGCCGUCCUCUUACACGCUGCUGUCCUUAUCAUCAGUGUCUGACUGCAACUCCACACGCUCGCUGCUGCGCAAUGACAGCGAGGAGUUGCUGGUCUGCCGCCCUGCCUCGCCGCCUCGUGUCUCGCAGCAUCAGGCCAUCCAACCCCCAGUCAACCCUCUGGUCAACACCCACCUUGAGAGCUUCAAGCGUAACCCCCGCCAGUCUCUGACCCCCACACACGUCCCCUCGGCCCCGACUUCCUCACGCAGCUUGCGUCGAACACCAUCCGACGGGGCCAUCAAGAAGAGCUGCCUCCCUAAUAAUCUGGAGCCACUGCCAGAGAAAACAGCGUUAGAGAGCACAGCAGGUGGCUUCAGAGGCUUAAAAGACGACUGUCCUGAGGUACCUCGACUUCCUGAUCCAAAUCUUGUGUUCCCUCCAACUCCCCGUCGUCGCUGUGCUCCCGAACGCCCCAAAACUCUUGACUUUGUGGCCCGGCCUCGGCCCUCACCGCGGGCUCGCUGUGAUGUGUUUUGGGCGGAAGUGAGGCCCAGGGGAAACGGACAAAACCUGGGUAACGGCGAGUCCCCAGCCCACACAUCCAGCACAGAGACACCUCCUACUGUAGAGUUUGGUAGAGACCCGGCGGUUCUGCCCACCCCCAUGGAGGCGCCGACACCCUACUCCCCCCGCAGGAAUGAAAACCUGUUGGAUCAGCUGGACGAGGGACAGUGCCGUGAUGGAACCGUCCCCCUCUGCAGACCGGAGAUCAGCUUUCCCAAAGACUCACCUUACCACUACAGACCCGGAUUCUGGUCCUGAAUCAGCCCCAAGUGCAUAUGCCUCCCAUCUCAAAGAGGGGACUACUGGUAGCCUUUGGAUUGUAACAGGUGUGGGCCAACAAAUACUUACAACAUUAAUCUGUUUUCAGCUUUAAUCGGGACUUCGUGAAGGGGGUUCACCUUUCUCUACAUACAAUAUUUUAACUAAAUUACAGGAAGAUAUUUACUUUUAAUAUUUGGCCUUUCUGACAUGUGUUGUGAUGAAAAUCCUUCUAUUUAACAUCUAGAUCUGCUAAAACAAACCAUGCAAAGUAUUUGAAGGUCUUAUUUGACCCAGGUUGGGUUGGUUAAAUGCGUUAACACUACUUGAUUUCUCUCAGUUAUAGGAACACCGUCAUUUGUCGAGAUGUAAAGGCUGCUUUUCUUUGGGAAUGAGCUGAUUAAUGGCUUUGUAGCAGGAUGCCGUUGAUAGUCACAAAGCUUUACAUACUUUUCUUAAUUUCAAGCCUGAGUUCAAGAUUGUGCAUUUAAUGAAGUGCACUUUUGGAAAGCGUCAUGAAUGUAAAGCUUCAGGGUUUUUCCAUUUGUACGAAAUGUGGUCUCUGAUUAUUUGUGAUUCGUCUGUUUAACUCACUCUCCCGUGUUAGCGGCUGAUGGAUUCCUGUUUUGUGCUGAGCACCUGUCAUCACCAAUCACUUGUACAGAGUAAUAUUCUGCGUACAGGGGAUGCUGUUGUAUAAUAUGAGCAAUUCCUUGCGUAAGUCUGGAAACAGUGUCGGAACAAUAACGUCUGACUCCGUCUCGAGUCCUGUACAGUGAACUGUACUAGGAGAGGGAUGUCACUGCUCCUUGGGUUUGAAUUGGGACCGAAACACUGUCAGGAAGUCACAACCAGAAAUAUCAAAGAGCUCAAAAAGUCUCUGUGGAGUUCAGUCUUCUGUUUGUGAGCCUGUCAGAGCCGCUCGUUUGGGUCCCGACCUGCCAGUUGAGACAUGUUUCUCCAAACUAAAAAGGGAACUAUGUGUUUGUAACUGUGUAAAAUGUCUGCCUCAUAAAUUGUUGACCAAGAUAAGAUGAGGGAUGUUAAGUAUCACCUGAUUAUGUAAGCAGCAAACUGCAUGAACCUGUUGAAUGGCACACAGGUGAAAAACAGGCCCUGGUGGCAUGUGUGGAAGUUCAUUCUUGAUUAUUUAUUUAUAUUUGCAAUGAUUUAUUUAAUUUCACUGAUGUAUUAAUUUAUUAUGAUGGUUUAUUUUUAUAAUCCGUUGCACUUGCCUUGAUUUUUGACACUCGUUGCUGUUCCAUGAAUGUUUUAAGAGUGAACGUGGCUUCCAACAAAACGCUGCCACGUGUGACUUGCUUCUUAUUCAUUUGUUUGUUUCAUGCAAUUGUUUUUUUCAUUUUUCUGCCGCAGGUUUUUUCAACAUCUUUAACAAGGGCACAGGUAGUUCCAAUCCCACCGUGGAGCCAAAGCAAACAAGUAGACAACUAAAAUUUUUAAAAACGAUUAAUUGUUGAACUGUAAAAACAGCAAAUGUUCCCUGGUCCCAGCAUCUCAGCCGUGAGAUUUGCUGCUUUUAUUUAUCUUGUCUAAUUUUAAACUGAGAAUCAAGAAUGUAUUUGACUGUUGUCCUGGAAAAAAUUGCAUUUUGAUGACAAUUUAGGCUUAGGGAAAUUGCCUUGAGUGUUUUUUUCUUUAUUUUCAUUAACAUUAAACAGUUGUGGAGCCUGACAGAUACUGACUUUUUUGGGCCAAUACUGAUAUUAGGGACUAAAUCAUUUUCUGUAUCGAUAUACUGUAUAUUUUGGCCGAUAUUCUUAUACUCACAGAAUAUAUACAUAAACACACUUUUCGCAAUAAUCUCCCAAGUGUGUUCAUCAACAUGUGUAAUGGAGUCAGGGUAUUUCAAGUUAGACGAUAAACUGUAUUGUCCAACAUGACAGUCCACUGAAAACAAUAAACUUUGUUGGGAAUUUAAUGAUUAUAAAUGACCACAAGCAUCUUUAUAUGUAUUAUGUUCUGUAAUAAAAGGUGUCAUAUCGCCACAUAUCGGACAAAAUAUAUGCAGAUAGUGAUAUACUGUGGUAGCCAGUGAUAUUUGCCAACCAAUACAUCGGUCAGGCUCCAGUCAACAGAUUAAGCAUUAACCACAGCCCCAAAUCCUGAAGUUGCAAAAAGUUAUUACCUUUAGCUAAACACAGUGAACCUGGUUGUGCACAUUGGUUAGUUUUCAUUUCAAAAUUUAAGUUGGGUUUGUCUGGACUGGACUGGAGUUAAAUAUAAAUGUUGACUGUUACUUAAACCUGCUUGACAAAGAAACUCACAAUAUUUCAGGCAUUGUCCGGUUACUGGUGCUAACAGAGGUGAUAAAUCCAACCAAUUAACCGUAUAAAAAAGAGCUAAUUAUCAAUUAUGUCGAUGGUCUGAAUGCCUGUUUCUCUCAUUUAAUAUUCAAAUGUCAUGACACCUCUCAGCCUGGAGGACCGCACUCUCUCAGAUUUGAUCUGUCUUUCUCCCAAGUGUGACUCAAUGUACAUGUUAAUGUGAAUGCUUUUUCUCUGAGGACUGUGCAGAAUGUGAUCACGUGAUCAGAGUAAAAAAAACUUGGCAUUUCAACUAAGAGUGAUAGUUGAAACGGAAGCUGUUGCUCUGAGGUGUUGCCAAGGUGUGAUUAUCUGUCUGAAAUGUUACCACGAAUAAGCUGAUCUUACCGUUGCUGAUGGACGUUGUUCAGGUUGGGAAUGAUACUGUUACUGACUGACUUGUAUUUGCACUGGAACACACUGAUUUGAGUAAAAUCAUAGUAAACAAU